GGACUUUGACAACCUAGUUUUGAAGUUUUAUAUGACAGUGUUUUGAAACUUUUUAAACCGAUAAUUUAUUUUUGAAAAGUAUUUAAUAUACAAGUUUUUUUUUACAUCUUAUACUAUAAGUAAUUCUUAAAAUAACUUUUAAACAAUUCAAUAAAAAAAUGUCCGGUAAUAUUCUUCAAUUUGUACAAGAACAAAAAAAAUUGAUUUCCGUUGAAAAACAGCGAUUGGGAUUGAUGGACAACAGCAGAAAUAAUGAAAUCGGCAUUGAAAAGAAGAGUCGAAACCUAAAUUUAAAAGACGAUGAAAAAUGUGAUAACGAUGGUACAUGGAACAAUAACUACGAACAAUCACCGGAAGCAAACAAAGAAAAUGUUCAGUUAAAUUCCAAUUGUGUCUUAGUAGAAAACGAUAACAAAACCCUGCCAAAUGUCGAACCACUCGAAAUAAUUAGUAAACAUGAUAGUACCGACGUUUCAUUAGAAGACAAAAAACAAGCUUUUGUUAAUAAACUUGUUAGCAGUGAGAUACCACUAAGUGAUAGAUCGAAUGAUUGCGUUCAAGGUACAAUGUUGCGUUAUGGCGAGUACAGCCCUAACAAUCCGCAAAUAAGAGUCACUGCCGCUCCAUAUUUAGGCUUUGGAGAAUAUGAGCAAAGAAGAAAUUACUUUUUACAGAAACAAAGAGCUGACUAUUUGACGCAUAUUGCAAAGCAACAGGAAAGUGUGAAAAACCUUACAAACUGUAUGGUAUCUAAUCGAGACAAUUCUACUAAUUAUAAUAAUACCAAAUAUUUGGAAAACAAACGAUUUGAAAAAAGUGUACAAACUGAUAUUCAAAAUAUCAAAAUUCAAUUACUUCAGUAUGAUUUGCGAUGUCAAAGAACUCCAGAGAAGGAGCUGAGCUCUUACUCUUUAAACGAGGAUUAUUAUAUGAAAAAAAAUAGAAAUCUAUCGCCGUUUAGAGUAGAUCAAAGAUUAACUAGUGCUCAAAAUGCCUUAUUAAAGAGUGAAAUGGACAAGCCCAGAAGCAUUUUAUCAAAUAAAAAAACAGGAAGCCCCAGAGAAAGGCUGAUGUCGGACCUGUAUAGUUCUAGUUUUACGGAUGGAUUUGUUUAUAGAGAAUCCCGUGCCGAUGAAUUAGAAAGGGAACGUCUUAAAAGAGAAGCGUAUCAACGAGAACUGCGACUUCAAAUCGAAGAAAAAAGGAGACUGCAGCAGAUGCGCGAAGAACAAGAAAUGAAAGAAAGGGAAUUAGAAAACAAAAGAUUGGAACAGCAAUUGCUUAGAAUGCAGGAAGAGAGAAUGAUCGAGGAACAGUUCAGGGAACAUAGACAGGAACAGAUGAGGAGGCACAGUGAAGAUUUAUUGCGUCGCAAGCAGGAACUCCAAACAAGCAGGUACGGUUUUCGCAAACACACUAAUUCUGAAUGCAGUAUUCAUAAUAAUGCUACAGAUAUAUCUUCCAAAUCGCUAUCGCAUUAUUCGCCGCCAGUUUCUAGACGUAACCCUUAUUCUUACAACGUUCCAUCCACAUCUGUGUUCUCGGAAUUAUCGUCAACAAGAUACAAUCCUAACCGUUUUGACAGUUACCAUCGUCGUGACGCGUUGAAACGUAUGGACUCCUUAAAUUCAUCUGAACCACCUAACAGACAUCAAAUGUUUAAUAGAUUCGACUCUUUAAGUAAAAUAGAUUCGUUGUCGAAUCGUUUGGAAUCAAUGAGUUUAAGAAACGGACAUAGUGGUGAUGUACAACGUAGACACAGCGCUACCCAUCAGGAUCUCAGUUUAUUAAGGAAAAGUCCAAGGCUACAAAGAAGAAGUAGUUCCAGCAGAUUUGAUGAUGGACUACCAGUACCAUUAUUGAAAGCGCACUCUCCAGUUGCCAAAGAAUUAAAAAAUUCUGUUCCAUUCAAUAGUACAAGAUCGAGAUCUGAAGCGAUUAGACGAUUAGAAGAUAAGUGGCAAAUACCCGCCGUACAAAAAAGUAUUCUGAAUCAUACGGAGUCACCAGGUGGCCAAAACAGAAGUAUUUUAACUCAACUUGGUGCGAUCCGAUUGCAACUUCAGCAAGAACAGCUGCGGAUGGACGAAUCUUUGAGGAGACGAGAUGUUUCACAAUCUAAGGCUGUUGAUUUUCUUUGAAUAUAUUAAAUUUACCAACCAAAAAAUUUACAUCGAGUUAAUAAAAGUUUAUAAUAGUUAUUUUAUAUAUUGUUAGAAUUUGUCUUUAUAUUUAUAUUCAUUGAAAUAGAUAGAAAUGUUGAAUG